AUGACCUCACUCCAUGCACAGUUCCUGGCAACGCACACUGUCGCCAACGUCCUCAGCGAGAAGAAACAGGACCAUGACCUAAUUGAUAUCCAGGUCACCGCCACCGUCGAAACAGUCUUUCAGACCCUCCUUGCCAACGACAUCCUCUCGGUGCCCGUGUACCGCAAGUUCAACAAUCGGAAGGACUAUGUCGCCAUCAUUGACGCCUUUGACCUUCUUUCGACCCUUGAGGAGCAAGGGUUGUCGUCAGACUCGGCGAAAGGGUUGAACACCGAGUUCCUGUCGAUGCCCGUGGCGAUUCUGGUCGGGAUGACGAAAAGUUCCUCCAAGCUGUGGACAUGCCAGCCAAGUUUCUCCUUGACGCAGUUGAUCGAAUUGUUUACAAAGCACCGUGUGCACCGCAUUUUGGUGGUGGAGGACAUUCCUGUCCGCACAGAUCAGGCCGAUACGGAGGAGAACACUGCCAUUGAGCAGCAACAGCAGGAACGCAAGCCCUUAGCAGGACGCUUGAUCUCGCAGACAGAUGUCAUUCGAUACCUGCUUGAGCACAAUCACGAGCUAGGCUCCAUUCUGGAUAUCUCAGCGGAUAGCUUUGCAGGAUAUGCCCUGAAAUAUGCAGAGGAGUACCUUGACGAAGCAACGGCGAGCAAGCUCAAGAGGACUCCUGUGUCCAUCACCAUCCAGUCCCAGGCUUGGGACGCCCUUCAAAAGAUGUCCACUUCCCAUGCCACCUGUGUUGCCAUCGUCGAUUCAGAUGGGGCCCUCGUAGCAGAAAUGUCGGCGGCUGACUUGCGUGGGAUCAACCCUAACAGGAUCGAGGACUUACAUCGCCCCGUCCUAGUGUUCCUGAAGACAUGUCAAGGAAGUCUCAAGAAGCCACUGAGCUGCCGGGCAAGAUUUUCUCUGGGACAGUUGAUGAGCGGCGUGGUUCGCAGCCAUGGCCAUCGGUCUUGGUUGGUCGAUGGUGAGGACCGGCCUGUUGGGUGUAUCACCCUCAGCGACAUCCUUGCCGUCUUUUUGGGAUAG